GGGGAAACAUUUUAGCGUAUCCCUAUCCAGGCUGUCCUUCACUUUUUUAUUUUUAAUCGGUUCAGCUGAAGCAGGAAAAAAAUAUGAGUGGAAGAUUGGAAAGUGCCAACUGAAGCCGGACUACGGCUAGGGUAUCCUGUACUUCGUAUUUUGUGUUAUCAUUAUCGUACAAGCCACGCAACCUCUCAUUUCACCUUUCUCUUAACUAACUUGCUUUUCUUUCGAGGAUCAAGUUCCCCCCAUUGUAUUCUCUCUCGUGGCCAAGACUUUAAUCCGUCCUUGUUUUGUGUGGGGAGAAUGUUCUACGUUUGUCGUCUUUGACCGAAUUUAAUCUGUUCUCUUCAGGACAUUCAUUUUCUUGACCCUUUUCUUUUUUUCUUCUUGUCUCUUUUCCGUAAGCCCUCUUUUACACCACACCCCUAAUACUCGUUCCACUAUCUACUCCCCUCUCCCAUUUCCACCUUUCUCCAAGGAGAAUAGGGCCGAGAGAUAGUCUACAAUCAUGGCCGAUAACAAGGCCGCAGUCGCGUCGGGCGCUGAUCCCGCCGGCGAUGCCGCUCGCCGACGUAUCGUACCCGGGGCCACUGCCCCUGGAGCUCUAGCGCAGCCGGAGAUCGACGAGAAGAAGAUACAUGGAAAGAAGAAGGAAUCUUCGUUCCUCGAUAUACUUGACCAGUGGGAGUUCAUCAUUGCGCCUAUAAUCUUCACUGCCUUUGCCGUCUUCACACGUCUAUGGAAAAUUGGUCUUAGCCCAAUUGUCACCUGGGAUGAAGCUCACUUCGGUAAAUUCGGAUCCCACUAUAUUAAGCGUGAACUAUUCUUCGAUGUGCACCCUCCUCUUGGUAAAAUUCUUGUUGGUCUCUCUGGAGUUCUAGCGGGUUACAAUGGGUCAUUCGAGUUCAAGUCUGGCGAGACAUACCCCGAGGAGCUUGACUACACCUUCAUGCGAGCUUUCAAUGCAUUCUGGGGAAUAUUAUGUGUGCCAUUGGCUUACUACACUGCCAGAGAAUUGCAGUUAAGACGACCUGCCGUCUGGCUAGUUACCCUGAUGGUUCUGUGUGAAAACUCGUACACGACUAUCAGCCGAUUCAUCCUACUCGACUCUAUGCUCCUCUUCGGCACCGUCUCCACUGUCUUCUGCUGGGCCAAAUUUCAUCGCCAGCAAAAAUACAGCUUCGAACCCGAAUGGUUCUUCUGGCUAUUCAUGACUGGGUUAAGCUUAGGAUUCGUAUGCAGUAUCAAACUCGUCGGACUCUUCGUCACGGCUCUCGUCGGCAUCUACACGAUCGAAGACCUUUGGAACAAGUUCGGUAACACUAAGAUGCCAGUCGCGGUACUCGCUGGUCAUUUCACUGCCCGAGUCGUCGGUCUAAUCGUCAUUCCGCUGCUCGUCUACCUGUUCUCCUUCGCGCUUCAUUUCGCGAUCUUGACCAGGAGUGGUCCGGGAGAUGCGCAGAUGAGCUCCCUCUUCCAAGCCAACCUGGAAGGGAGUGAAAUUGGACGGAACUCUCCCCUGGAGGUUGCCUUUGGCUCCAAAGUGACGCUUAAGAAUAUGGGAUACGGUGGUGGUCUACUCCACAGUCACGUUCAGACGUACCCUGAGGGAUCUACUCAACAACAAGUUACUUGCUACCACCAUAAAGAUGCCAACAACGAAUGGUGGUUUUACCCUAACCGUAACGACCGCGACUAUAACCCGGAGGAAGAGCCUCGAUUCAUCGGAAACGGUGAUGUUAUCCGCUUGAUUCACGCUCAAACUGGACGAAACCUCCAUACCCAUGAUAUCUCUGCCCCUAUUACUAAGAGCCAGAAGGAAGUGUCCUGCUAUGGUAAUCUUACUAUUGGUGAUGAUAAGGACCACUGGCAAGUCGAGGUCGUCAAGGACGUGUCUUCCCGCGAUAAGAGCCGCGUACGAACUUUGACUACUGCUUUCAGACUUCGGAAUCCAGUUAUGGGUUGUUAUCUCCGAGCUGCCAACGUUAAUCUUCCACAGUGGGGUUUCAAGCAGAUCGAGGUGACCUGCGAUAAGAGCAACAACCCCCGUGAUGCUUUCACACACUGGAAUGUUGAGGCCCAUACCAACGAGAAGCUUCCUCCGGGAGACCCUGGCAAGUAUAAGUCACCGUUCUUCCACGACUUUAUCCACCUGAACGUUGCUAUGAUGACAUCUAACAACGCCUUGGUGCCUGACCCCGAUAAGCAAGACGACCUGGCUUCUAAGUGGUGGCAGUGGCCUAUCCUGAACGUCGGCCUGCGUAUGUGUGGGUGGGACGAUAAAAUCGUCAAGUACUUCCUCCUCGGUAACCCCUUUGUUUACUGGGCCUCGACGCUUUCUUUAGGUGCCGUCGGUUUAGUUACCGUUUGGUACAUCCUCCGAUGGCGACGAGGUUUCACCGAUCUUACCCAAGAUGAUAUUGAUCAUAUCCACUACGCCGGGCUUUACCCCAUCCUGGGAUGGUUCCUUCACUACCUUCCCUUCGUUAUCAUGGCCCGAGUUACCUAUGUUCACCAUUACUACCCAGCAUUGUACUUUGCGAUCCUAAGUUUAGGAUUUUUAGUCGACUGGCUCUUAAGGAACCAGAAGAAGGUGAUUCAGUACAGUGUCUACGGGAUCCUGUACGCCACUAUCAUCGGCCUCUACAUAUACUUCAUCCCUAUCUGUUGGGGUAUGACGGGCAGCAACCAGAAGUACAAGUACAUGAAAUGGUUCGACUCCUGGCGCAUCUCCGAUUAAGGGCCGGAUCAAAUAUAGGGGACGAAGUGACGAACCGAGGUUACGGUAGGCUGUUUAGCCUCGGGUGUUUUUCAUAUAGAGCAUGGCCAUCCGGACUACCUGGUUAUAAGGGUCAUCGAUAAAUCUUCAUCUCCUCUAUUUUCUCGGUUGUUUGAUGUAACGAUAUGAAGGCAAACUUGCAUGAAAGGGAAUUAGAGAGUGGAGUUCACGGUGGUAACGUGGAUGAGGCAUACUGGGAAACAAAAAAGACUACUGAUCAGCAGCAUAUCGCUUUCUAAUACAACGCCUAUUGUCCUUUUCUUCCAAGAAA